AUGGAAAAGAGAAAUAAUGAGACUUUUCGACAAUAUGCCCAGAUGUGGCGUGACGUAGCCGCACAGGUCCAACCCCCUUUACUUGAAAAAGAAGCUACUGUAAUUUUUGUCAACACCUUGAAGGCUCUGUACUUAGGGCAUUUACUUGGAAAUGCCACCAAAAACUUUACUGAUCUAGUUAUCUCAGGGGAGCUCAUCGAGAACGCUAUAAAGAGUGGCAAGAUCGAGGCAGUUGAUGGGUCCAGUUUAAAAAAACCAGUAUACCGGAAAAAAGAAAACGAAGUUAAUAAUGCAAAUGUAUACAACAAGAAUACUUCAAAAAGUGUCACAAUAACCCAACCAAGGGAUGAAAGGAAUGACACGAGCACCGCCAGAAAUGAUUCCAAGGGACCUCGCAAGGAGAAUGAGAGAAUGUCCUGCACACCACUACCAGUACCCUACUCUGAGAUAUACGCCUCGUUAUUAAAGGUGGAUGUGGUGCGCCCUUAUCGUUUGACUCCUCUGCAACCACCGUACCCUCAUUGGUAUGACGUAAAUGCACAUUGUGAUUACCACGAUGGAAUUACUGGUCACUCAAUUGAGAACAUUUUGGCCUUCAAAAAAGUUGUGCAAAAUCUGAUUAAUACUGGGGGAUUGCAAUUUGAUUCACCUGAUGUAUCGACACACCCACUACCGAAUCAUGGAGGUAAAGAUCCUAAACCAAAGCCCAAUGAAUGUGAAAAUUAUUGUGAAUAUCACCAAGAAGAAGGACACAAAAUUCAACUUUGCCCAGAAUUUAGGGGGUUACUACAAAAGUUGAUGGAUAACAAGGAAAUAGAAUUCUUUGAGAAAGAUGAGGAAAAAAGAGGAGAAGAUGUCUGCACAACUGAAAAUUCCAAGCCAAUGCAUAAAACAAAUAAGCUUGUGGUCAUCACUGUGAGACCAUCUACGAUGAAUUCCACGUCAGUGAAGCCAAAAGUUGUUAUCACGGCCCCUUCAACAUUUCCGUUUAAAGAUACCCACAAGGUACCUUGGAACUACACUGCCAAUGUUUCAAUGAUAAGGGGAUCUGGUUCGCUAGAGGAAACAAAAGUAGCUGAAGAAAAUGAUAAAACACCAGGAAGCAGCUUGAAGAAUGAAAUAGUGAGUGAAGUAGGGCACUUUACAAAAAGUGGAAGGUGUUACUCUCCUGAAACAUCAAAAGAAGCAGACAAGGGGAAAUUGAAAGGAAAAGCUGCAGUGGUACCGCAAAGAAUAUUUAAUGAUGAGCCCCUACCACUAAUCAAUGAGUCGGUAACUGAAGCACAAGCACAAGAAUUCUUGAAAUUCUUAAAACAUAGUGAGUAUAGUGUAGUAGAGCAGCUACAUAAGCAACAAGCAUGA